AUGCCAAGAGAUAUACGCUGCAGGUAUCCAAAUGGAACAAUUCAGUGCCUUGCAGAUUUCAUUAAAGAUAUUGUGGACCUCCAGUGUUCCUGGCCUGGAGGCAACCCUGCUGUUGAAUUGCAUUUGCAGUUCAAUAACAUAAGUAUGUCUGGAACUAAUUAUAUAGUCAGCAGUAUACAUCAGAAAGAUAUAACACUGAACACAUUUCUCUAUUGUCGUGGCUCCCAGGAAAAGCUCAUUCAGACCUGUUAUUUGGAUAUUGAUACUCCAAAAUCUGUGGGAUUUAACAAUGAUAGCACCACUGAAGGCAUACUGGGAAACAGUGUCACCCUGACUCUAAAUCUGCAAAACAGAGGAGAACGUCAGACUAAUCUAUAUCAUGUGCUACCUGCAAACUUCACUUGGUAUAAGCUAGCAACAGAUCCCUCACCGUUGCCAUCAGAAAAACCUUUCUUUGUGAUUUCUACGGCUUAUCAAUCCAGUCUAACAAUAAAUCCAGUGACUAAAGAAGUAGGAGGACGAUAUAUGUGCAUUGCAACCAAUCCGCUUGGAAACACAAGUUUUGUCUUCUAUCUAAAUGUUACAGAAGCACCACCAUCUGGCCUUAGCGGAGGGGCGAUUGCUGGCAUCGUGAUAGGAGUACUCGUUAGUGUUGCUAUUAUUGCUAUUAUGGUCUUCUUUAUCAUAAAGGCAACAAAAGGAUCCACCAAUGGGGAAAGAGGUCCCUUUACUGGUCACGUUUAUGAGAAUACAAGAAGCCAGUCAGAAAAUACAUAUUCACGCACCAUUCCUGGAACACAGCAGGUGGAAAUGAGUAAUUCUGCAAACCCAGUACCAGUUUAUGAGCAAUUAAUGGUGAAAAAUGAAGCAGUCUACAACACCAUUAUGCCAUCAUACAAGAAAUAAACAAGAUGUUGUGGAAAAGGAUGAGAUCCUGGAUGUUGAAGCUGAGCCUACAAAAUGUGAUGCGUGUACAGAAACUCAAUCAAGUUUUACGGAUAUGCCAGAAAUAUUUGUUGAGAACGUGU